CACAUCACAACACCUACUACUAUCAACGUCUACCAUACUCAAGAUGCCGUCUUACAUUGUCACCCUUAAGGAAGAUGCUACGGAUGCACAGCUUGCUGCAGCCAAGCAGAAGGCUAAGGACGCCGGCGCCACAAUCACCCAUGAGUACAGCUUGAUCAAAGGCUUCGCUGUCUCAUACCCCGAGGGCACAGUUGUUACACUCGCCGAAGACCCCUCGGUGCACUCUGUGGAGGAGGACAAGGUCAUGACAACACAGUAAAUGGAGCUCUUUCUUGAUUGAUGAUUACGUCUGCAAAUACCUACAUUAGAAAGACACAAUAUAGAGGUUCUCUCCGCAUAUUCAGUUUUGUUGCGCC